CCCCUUUACGCCGCGCACUAAAGUAAGUAGUACAAUAUAUGGCCAGUCUAGCUCAACUAUAAUUUAAUAACUAUGGUUGACAAUUUUACUAACCUACUGAAGAGCAUUUUUUGAUCCCAAAUCGGUUGAAAAUUAAACGAUGUUGAGAACCGAAGAAAGAAGAGGCGCCAAGUAACUAUGAAGCUCAGUUUGGCGGCUCUCAGUCGGAUGCGAAUGCGAAAGUUGCAGAUACAGCUUACCGACAUAAUUAUGAAGAUGCACUAUUUUAAGGAGCUACCGGACGGCUGGGAAUCCUUGCUUGAAAAAUACAUUACUGCAACGCGUGAUAACGACUAUAUUCGGUCUUGUGUUGAUCGAGGUUUACAUGAUCCAUUCCUCGUCCGAAGCCAGAAGAAGGUUGAUGCCGCCGUACUUGAAGCAGCUCUUCGGCAGAUCCCACCAGAAAGGCUAGAAAGGCAAUUAUCCGUACGUAAUGUAGGUGGGAGACAAACGUUCAACUUCGUUCCUCCACUAGAGCUAGAGCCAAUAGCUAUUGGAGGUACACGAACCAAGAUGACCCAGAAACAGUGAAUGGAGGCAUUCUUUAUAACAAGGGCUAUAAGGGGCUUGGAAAUAAAUUAGGAAUAUUAAUAAUUUUCUAGGGUUUUAAGGUCC